AUGGCGCUUUUCGCUUGCUGCAACUGCGACCCUGAGAAGGAGGAGGAGACGCAGGUCAACGUGGAGACGGAAAGGCCGCGCAGCGACUCAAGCACGGAUGGCUUGCCUCUCACCCCGGAACAGAAACAGAAAGAGAAGGAGCGGCUGCAGGCGUUGGUGAAGGCUUUCGCUAAGGCGGCUGUGUCGGGUGCCAGCUGCUACUUCAUUGACGUCUCUUCCCAGCAGAAGAUCCCCGCGAACUACAUGCUGGACAAGUCGCUCAAGACCUUCACGGUGGCGUUCCCCAGUGGCGUCGAGCACUCGUUUAGUCUUUCUUCGCUGCAAGAUGCGUAUUCCUACGAGGACUUACUCCACUCAGAAAGCACUGCGAGCCUCGUGCAAGAACCAGGAAUUUCGAAUCUGUCAGAAGACGACAAGCGUAAACUGGUCAUGCUGGAGUAUUUGGACGCGUCGCAGCGCAGAUUGAACCGCCUUUUCCUCAUGGAGACUGGAACCGACGAAAUGCGGGACCGAUUUCUCACCUGCAUGCGCAUCCUGAAGCUGUAUUCACGCACGCCUGGCCACAGUGAAACGAAUGGAACAGACCACGGCAACGGCGCAAUGGAUUGA